AUGGCUAUCUGCUCGUACGUGUACUCGGGGGACCGAGUCUUCUCCCGACAGAUGAUGUCCUUCAUCUUGAAGUUUCGGUACCACCUCUACUACAGCGGAGGUGAAAGAGCAGAACAUGGUGUUGGUUUCAUUGUGAUCGGGAAGCAGAUGAAGCGAGUUAUUCGGUGGAAGCCGAUAAACGACCGAAUCUGUGUGUUAAGAAUUAAGGGCAAGUUCUUUAACUACAGCCUGAUCAGUAUUUAUGUACCAACUAACGAAAAGCCCGAUGAUACGAAGGACGCGUUCUAUGAAAGCUUAGAUAAAGCCUACAGAGAUUGUCCAAGAAAAGAAGUUAAAAUAGUCAUCGAAGAUGCUAACGCACAUGUUGGGAGGGAGCAGUUCCUUUACCCAAUUAUUGGUACGCAGAGCCUUCAUUCUGCUACCAAUGAUAAUGGCCUGCGGCUUGUAACUUUCGCUGCUGCUAGGAGGAUGGCAAUCAAUAGUACCUAUUUUGCAUGUAAGGAUAUCCGAAAGCACACCUGGAGACACGCAAUUGGCAGUACUUAUUCCCAAAUAGACCACGUACUGGUUGAUGAACGGCAUUUCAUCGACGUGAUUGAUGUGAGGACCUUCAGAGGCCCAAACAUCGACUUGGGUCAUUAUCUCGUAAUAGCAAAGAUUCGUGCACGAUUAUCCAGCGUCACGAGUCAAAGAAACAACAGAACGAUGCGAUUCAAUAUCCAACGUUUUUCGGCUGAAGGUGUAGCAACUGAGUAUCGCCAGAAGCUGGAUGAGCGGAUAGAUGAGACCAACGUAACUGGUAAUGUCCAACAGCAUGUGGGAGGCUGUCCACGAAGCUGUGAUUAUAACGGCACAAGAAGUGAUAGGUACAGCUCAGCGGCGCCAACGAAGCGGUUGAUUCGAUUAAAAGUCAGCCAGAGAGUGCCGAACGAGAAGAAUGCGAGCAGAAACCGGAUGCUAGUAAUUGGUACACGCCUCAACAGAGAGCGGUACGGGGAAGCGAGAAGUGCCGAGAAACGAACACAUUGCGAAUAG